GCAGCCUUAAAAAAAUCGCCGAGCCGGCGAACCGAAAAAGACAACCUGCUGCAUCGGCUGCGCGCUGCAAAGAGAUACACCGGCCCGUAACAAUUAGAAAAACAAAUCACCGAACAGAAAAAGACGGGAAACACGCGCACUUUCCUCUGUUUUCGGUCAGCCGCAGCUUCUGAUUUUUCAUCACACAUUCACGCGCGUGUUCCCUCCUGAAAAACACCGAAAAAUCCGCUCGCACUGCACGUGAAACGAACUCAUCAGCGGACGCUGCGAUGUGGACGGCGUUGUCCGCCCAUUGACAUGUCCAUGUCGAUUGUCAAUCAAUUAGCAAUUAAGAACGGAUACCGCAGCCGAAGAGAAGGGAAAAUUGAACGUUCGAGUUGACGAAAGAUGCAUCUGGCCAGCGAGGUAUCGUCGACAACUGGACAUUACGAGCGCAACUAUGAGAACCUGACCGCCGAAAUGCUAGCCGAAAGGACCAUCGACGGUCUCCUCGCGGAACACCCGGGCGAAUUGGUACGCACGGGGAGUCCGCACGUGGUGUGCACGGUACUGCCGCCGCACUGGCGCAGCAACAAGACGUUGCCGGUCGCCUUCAAGGUGGUUGCGUUGGGCGACGUCGGCGACGGCACCGUGGUGACGGUGCGGGCCGGCAACGACGAGAAUUACUGCGCGGAAUUGCGGAACUGCACCGCGGUGAUGAAGAACCAGGUCGCCAAAUUCAACGAUCUGCGGUUCGUCGGGAGGAGUGGCAGAGGCAAGAGUUUCAGUCUGACGAUAAUAGUGUCGACUUCGCCUCCGCAGAUCGCGACAUACAACAAAGCCAUAAAAGUGACGGUGGACGGACCAAGGGAGCCAAGGUCGAAGACCAGACAACAGGGAUUCCAUCAUUUCCCGUUCGGACCGCGACCCUUCGCCCCCGAUCCGCUUUCCGGCAGUCUUCCAUUCAAACUGAGCGGAAUAGCCCAUCACUUGGCAGGUUUACCAGGUCCGCCGCCCGAAUGGGCAGUUCUUGGAGGCAGACAUCCAUAUCCGCACGGACCGUUCGUGCCCCAUCACCACCCCCAUUUCCCGCACCACAUGUUCGCAGCGUUGGACCGUCCAAUCAAUACCUCCCCCAGAAUAGCGAACGAACCAAGUUCGACCUCGCUAGGACCAAUAUCAAUUAAUUGCAGCAGCGCCCAUUCGACAACCUCGCCCAAACACUCACCCACGCAGGUCGGUCUGUUGACGACGGCAGGUGCACCCCAAUCGCCCCAAGACGACGACAUAUCCGUGACGGCAUCCCCGACACCGUCACCACAGGCGCCUCCUGCCUUCCCGGGAGUACCGCCGCCUCCCAACCAGUUGUUCAACAACGCUUUGGCGGCCAGUUUGUUUCUUAACGCGCCCCUUCUGCCCACUCCCAAUCAGUGGUUUUAUUCGCAGUUGUACCCGCACGAUUGGAGUUGGAUGCACUUCAGGAACCAAAAUUUGUUGCCCAAAGUUGGUAGUAGGGAGGAAAGUGUUCAGAAUCCGGAUUCCAGCAGUGAGAAGCUGGACGUGAUGGAUGUCGAAGAAGAGAACGAGUCUUCGGCUAAGAACGAUGACGAUACGAAGGAUAUCAAACUGACAGAUAUUGCCAAAGCAGAAGACGGAUAUUUUAAAACAGAGAGUAAAAGUAACGAUGGUUACUCGGAAGCAGAAAAAUACGAGAAGACCGAGAAUAAUAACUCUGAAGUUGGCAAAGUCGAGAAUAAUAACAGGAAAAACGAAGGUAUUAAUUUGAGUUUGAAGGUUAGAAAGGCUGCUAUUACUUUAGUAAGGCAAAAAGAUGAAGUGUCGUCCAGUAACAAAGAUGGUUUCAAAAUUUCGAGGACCAGCUCGAACAGAAACUCAGACGUAUGGAGACCUUAUUAAGAAAACACAUAUAAUUUUUUAUGGAGCUUUUUUUAUACUGCAUUAAUAGAAUUGUGUCUACUUUUCAAUGUCAUUACGUUCGGAAUAAAUAUACAUGUA